UUUUGAACUUAAUGUCUAUUAAUACUAACAAAAUUUACAAUUUUCAAGAAUGGCUGAAGACUCUCAAAAGUCUGUGAUAAGCCUGUCUCAGUUUGUGGCAGCUAUUGCUGUUGCCUUGUGCUCGUUCUGUGUUGGCUUUACGAAUGGGUACACCUCACCGGCGCUGCCCUUGAUGGAAGAUCGAUCUAAGACAAACUUUGAAGUUAGCCAACAGGCCGGUUCGUGGAUAGGCGGCAUAAUGCCACUUGCUGGCUUAGUAGGCGGCGUUUGUGGGGGACCGCUAGUUAUGUAUGUGGGCAGAAGGUUAACAAUUCUGCUGACAUCGGUGCCCUUCAUACUUUCUUGGCUGCUCAUCGGAUUCGCCACUUCGGUGUGGCUUGUGCUCAGUGGCCGCUUGAUAGGCGGCCUAGCCGUGGGAGUGUCCUCACUAGCAUUGCCCGUCUAUCUGGGUGAGGCGCUGCAUCCGUUGGUGCGCGGAACACUUGGUUUGAUGCCCACGUUGCUUGGCAACUUGCUCAUGGUCUAUACAGUUGGCACAUUCACCACCUGGGCCCAGCUUGCUUUUGUGGGCGCCGGAUGUUGUGUGCCCUUUCUCAUUUUAAUGUUAUUUGUGCCAGAAACUCCACGUUGGUAUCUUUCGCGUGGCAAACAAGAAAAGGCCGAGAAAUCGUUGCAGUGGCUGCGGCGCAAGAAUGCGGAUGUGAAUGCUGAGUUGCAAGGAAUGGCAGGCACCUAGAGCGAGGAUUCAGAAAACAUCAAGGAUACUUGUCGGGAAUUGUGUAGUAAAAAGAAUAGAAGACCUAUUUUAAUAUCCCUCGGCCUGAUGUUGAUUCAACAGUUCAGCGGCAUCAAUGCAGUCAUAUUCUAUACCGUCAAAAUCUUUAAAGGUGCUGGCUCAACCAUUGACAGCUAUCUGUGUACCAUUAUUGUUGGACUGGUAAACUUUGUGGCCACUUUGAUAGCCACAUUGAUUAUAGAUCGCGUGGGCAGAAAGAUACUGCUUUACAUCUCAGCUGUGACAAUGAUACUCACACUUUUUUUACUGGCCGUAUUUUUCUAUUGUAAGUAUAAGGGAAUGAAAACUUCAGAGUACGGCUGGAUACCGUUGGUUUCUUGUGUGGUCUAUGUGAUGGGCUUCUCCGUGGGAUUUGGUCCAAUACCCUGGCUAAUGAUGGGCGAAAUUCUACCAUCACGCAUUCGAGGCUUGGCCGCAUCUAUUGUCGUCGGCUUUAACUGGGCAUGUGCCUUUAUAGUGACAAAAACUUUUCAAGAUAUGAUUGAUUCAAUAGGCAGCCAUGGUGCAUUUGGAGUUUUUGGUAGUGUAUGCAUCCUCGGCUUACUGUUUGUUAUAUUUUUUGUGCCUGAAACAAAAAACAAAACGCUUGAAGAAAUUGAAGCAGAGCUGACAGCAUAAAAACUAAAUUAUUUUCGGAGUUCCAACCACAUAACCUUAAAACUGUAUAUACAUAUUUACCUUAUAAUCAUUACUGUAUUUACUGCCAAUCCGCAUCGCAAACACAUUUCAGGGUCACACAUCUCCGCCGAGCACCGCAUAAGAAGGGAAUCCUCACCUCCAAAAGUCUCAAUUUGA